GCUGUUUGGUUAAGUCCUUAAUUUUUUUAAAAUUGGUUUAUUUACUAUUUAUUUAGAUUUUAGUUAGUGUUGUGUUAUAUUUAUGAAUGAUUAGACAAAUUAAACACGUUUUUAUUGUUGUUUGAUUAUUUUGUUGUACUUUUAGUUGUGAUGAAAUAAAACACAAUUUUUUAAAUUUUCUUAUAUUAUCAUUCAUUUAACAAGAACAAGGUGCUUUCAUACAAAAAGGAUUAAGAGUUUCGUUCAUACUCUUCUAUGAUACUAGAUGAUUAUGAUUAAUUAAAUUUCUGUAGCCCUAGCAUUUUUUAACAUUUUUAUCAAGGAACAAAAAACAAUGGAUUUUGAAAAUGAUUUGGAGGAGCUGUCAAAACUUUUUGAGUCUGAUACGUUGGAAGAGCCGGCCAACGUGCAUGAACCAUGUGACCAGCCAGGCACAGUUCGUUCCAAAAAAGUCAAUAAAACUCCAGCAAAAUCUAUUAUUGAACAUCCUAAAUUCCACACAAAGAGUGAGAUUCACAAUGGCGAUACAGAUUCUUCAGACGAUGAGGACAACAAGUAUACUGAAAACCAAACCUAUACUGAAGCAGGCCGGACUAUUAAAAAUGUGCUGAAAAAGCAGUCAAAUUCUUCUACUAACUAUUUUGAAAGUCCAUCGUGGAAGACAAAGAAGACAACAUUGGCUUCUUUGAGUUCAAGCCCACCAGUGCUACCAAAGACUGCUGCUAGUAAGGACAUUUAUAGUGAUCCUUUCUUUGGAAUUCGAAUCAUAAAUCCCUUGGUAUCGUCUCAGGUUCUACAGGAGAGAAUGGUCGGCAAAACUCCUGUCACAUUCAGCAAGCUCGUGAAACACAUCCAAACCGGUGAGAAAUCCAGCGACUGGGUGCUCGCCGGCGUUAUUGUGUCUAAAUUCAUCAAAACCUCUCAAAAGGGCAACCCUUAUGCUUGCUGGACGCUUAGCGAUUUAAGGGAGGGACUCACCACUGUGUCUGUCUUCCUCUUUGGUAAAGCGUACAAAGAGCUGUGGAAGACCAGUACACACAUCGUAGUUGGGAUUCUGAAUGCAACUCUGCUUGAUAAUAAAGAGAGCUCUCGCGACAUUGCUGCCUUGUCCGUGCUUAAUCCUGACCAAAUCAUGAUUUGGGGCCAGUCCAAGGAUCUGGGAGUCUGUAAGGCACGAAAGAAGAAUGGAGAGCCCUGCACAUCCUUUGUGAACAAGAACCAAUGUGAAUUCUGCGUGUACCAUGUGAAGCAAGAAUACCGGAAGUUCACUGGUCGUGCUGAACUCCAAGCGUCCUGGGGAGGAGGUCUGAACGAACUCAAAAACAAAGUUCUCGGCAAGAACGAGGUGUUUUACGGUGGAAAAAGUUUCACUGCUGUCAAGUCGAAGCCUAACCGGAAGCAAAUCGCGAAGGACAAGACUCGUCUGAGCCAACUAUUCAACAAAUGUGAGAGUCGCUUUGGGCCUGAGUCUCUGCCGAUGGCAAAACCUUCGAGCCAAGUCCAGUCAGCUCGUGUUCAGUUGAUGAAAGAUGCCGAACGACUGCAAAAGUUGACAGGCUCUCCUGCCACACGGAGUGCACUGACUUUGGAAGGACUAGGAAUGCCUAAAAAAGAAGAAAAACAAAGUGGUUCUCCUAAAUAUUCUGCAAAUUCUUUACUGGCGAAAGGAAAACCUGAAAUAAAAAAAGAAAUUAGUGGGCCACUCCAUAAACAUUUUUCAGGUCUAAAUGAUAGUGAUAAUAAACUAAAAGAAGAAAAGUUACGCAGCAAGCCUAUAAACAUUGUUGAAAAACUGAAAGAGAAAAGAUUACUGGACUCUGCAAAUGAAAGUAGAACUAAAAGUAAAUCUGAUAAUGUGAUUAGUUCCCCAUUAUCAGAUCCCCAACACCAGCCUAAAACACCUACUGGGAAGAAAUUGCCGUCGAAAAACAGAUUUGAAAGCUUAACAAAAUUAUCGAGUGUACACAGUAAAACAAGCGAAUCCAGCAACGUAAAUAAAAUCAAUUCUCAAGUCACGCCGAAGCGUCAGAAGCCAGAAAAAGCAAGUAUGCUUGAUGUCAGCUUCGAAUUUGAUAAUGAAAGCGAAAAUAAAAUAUUUACCAGUACUCCUGAUAAAACUAAUCUAACAAGUCAGUUCAAAACGAACAAUAGUUCAGCAGGAAAGUGUGUUAUUGACAGUUUACAGAGUGAUAAAGGUAAAAGGCAAUCGAGAGUUCCUGUUUUGACACCAAAUACAAACAGUAAGAGUCCUAGUGAAAAAACCCAGACAAGUCCGUUGUGUGAGAGAAAACCUCCCUCGAAAUACGAGUCCAUGUUGAACACCAGGUGUGACACAAAUAAUCAGAAGUUAACGGACAAAGUGGGGUCAGUUAAGAAGACCGAUAAAGACUUAACUUCUCCUGAAUAUUCCAAGAAGAGAAUGCAGGACAUAGUCCACACCAAUUCGCCCAAGCUCAGCGAGUUUGGGAGUCUCAGCUUGUCUGUACCUAUUCGUUCCAGCAGUGCUAAGAUGAAAGCACUGAAGUAUGUCAAACUUAAUGGGCCCAUAAAAAAGGAAGACCCAAGUGCGAAAAAAGAUAAAGUUGAGUUGAAUCAAGAAAAGAAAAGGAAGAGGACUGACGACGAAGACGGUGAUCGUGGAGAGAAAAGUCAGCUCAGUCAACGCUUCAUUGAACUCAUGAACGCAUCGUCCAAACACGAGGAUCUGAUCACAAACGCGGAAAAUCAAGCAAUUGACGACUACUAUGAUAAGAUGGAGAAGAAGGAGAAGAUGGAAGAGAAGAUGUUGACCACUUAUAAAAUGGACUGUAAAGCGUUCCGUUGUUUGAAGUGCAAGUACAAAUGGUUCUCGCCAUCCGAGCUGUGCAAGGCAGAGAAACAUCCGAUCAAGGUUAUCAGUGCGGUGAAACGGUUCUUUGAGUGUCACAAUUGUCGCAACCGAACCGUUUCACUGGAGGUGAUCCCGCUGCACAACUGCAAGAACUGUGGACAGGCCAACUGGAAGCGGGCGGCCAUGAUGCGGGAAAGGAAAUCAGCAACGGUGCACUUAUCGAUAAGAGGUGGAGAACAGACGUUUAUGAACUCUGUUGUGACUGACACCAACCUGGAUCUUCUGGUUCCUGAUUCAUGACGUCAUCCUCGUCAACAGGAUUAUUCAUAUUUUAUGUAUUUCAAGACUUUUAAGCAAUCUGUGAUCAAUGUAACAAAUUUAUACAUGUUCGUCUUUUAACUUAAAAAUGUUCUCAAUCCACAAAAAUAUCUUAUUGUUGCUUAAUUAUUUGUAUAUGUAUAUUAAGAUUUGUACUUUUAAAAUAAAAGUCAUACUUUAAUAUUUAUUUUUAUA